ACAAGCACCUUUAAUUAUACCCAUUGUAAGUUGCCAUGCUUUUCAAAUAUGUAAAGAUUUGGGCAUAGACCAGAAAGUAACUAAUGAUGUUAAUAAUGAUAUAACUGAAGCGAUUACUACUACUCCCACCU